AUGUUUUUUUCAACGAAAGAGUACGAUUUGGAGAGCCGUUCGUGCAAAGAGAACUUUUUAUUCUCCUAUUCUUUUUUAUAUUUUUCCCAUAAUUUUCGAUUUCAAAGGUAAAAAUCCUUGUCUCACGAUCUCCUUCGCCUGAUAAAAGGAUCGUUUAUUCUGAAUUUUCAGAUGGGGAAUGAACGUUGCAAUGAUGACAUCGAUAUUUCUAAUUCUAGUGCAAUCAUGAAUGAUGACAAAACCUUGAAUGCAAUUGACUGCACAAUGAAUGGAUUUAUUUCUAUGCCAAAUGAAGGUUCUGAUGGUGGAGAAGCAAUCAAAUCACCAAAGGUUGAUGCAAACCUGCCUAUGGUGCCAUAUAUUUACAGACAAGAUGUUGUGAGUUGCAUAAAAGAUGAAAAUCAGAUUGGGAUUGUGACUGAAGUUGCUGGUGACUCAGAUUCUGACAGCAGCAUUACUGAUGAUGAAGAUGACGAUGACAAUGAUGAUGAUGAUGAUGGAGAUAACAAUGAUGUUGGUGGUGAUAAUGAUCUUAAUAGCAACACUAGUGGGAAUGCUAGUGGGAACAGAGAUGGUUAUAAGAAUGCUCCUCUUCCAGCUGAUCAAGUUAGAGUAAUAUGGAUGGAUCAGACUGAGGCAACACACAAUGUCAAUGAUGUAAGAGUUAUAGAUAGAGGAUUUUUACAUGGGGAUAUUGUUGCAUCUGCUUCAGACCCAACAGGACAAGUGGGUGUAGUGGUGGAUGUCAACAUCUCUGUUGAUCUAUUAGCAACUGAUGGGUCCAUAAUAAAAGAUGUAACCUCUAGGGAUCUGAAACGUGUACGGGAUUUGUCUGUGGGUGAUUAUGUAGUUCUUGGACCUUGGUUGGGCAGAAUUGAUGAUAUCUUAGAUAAUGUGACUGUUUUGUUUGAUGAUGGAUCAAUGUGUAAAGUCAUGAAGGCUGAUCCAUUGCAGUUGAAGCCAGUCUCCAAGAACAUAUUUGAAGACGGGCAUUACCCUUACUACCCAGGACAGCGUGUUAGAGCAAGUUCUUCCUCUGUUUUCAGAAAUGCUAGAUGGCUUUCUGGCCUGUGGAAAGCUAGCCGUUUGGAAGGUACUGUUACAAAAGUCACUGUUGGAUCAGUGUUUAUCUACUGGAUUGCUUCAGCUGCCACUGGAUAUGGUUCUGAAUCUGCAACUGCCCCUGCAGAAGAGCAGUGCCCAAAGAAUCUGAAAUUGUUAUCUUGUUUUGCACAUGCAAAUUGGCAACUGGGUGACUGGUGUCUUUUUCCCAUGUCAUCAUCUGCUCCAGCAAACAAGGAUUUAGUAAGAGAGAAACCCAAUGAUCCUCUUGAGGAUGGAUUAGUUUCUUCUCAUUUGGGAAGUGGAUGUGGUUCUGAAGUGGUUGAUAAGGAGAAAUUAGGCUGUAAUUUCACUUCAUUUGAAAGCACUGAAGCCAUGGACCUUGAUAAAGUCCCCAAUUUGGAUGAAAAUGGUGGGAAUGUGGGAAGUAAUGCCUCACCAGAAUGCAGCUCUUGUGGCAGUUCCAUGCCAGUUUCUAAGGAGCCUCUGCAUGAAAGUUGGUCUAUUCAUCGCAAAAAGAUCCGCAGAAUUGUUGUUAGGAAAGACAAGAAGGUUCGAAGAAAAGAGGAAAAUUUUGAAAGAGCCCUUUUGAUUAUAAAGACCAAAACAAGAGUAGAUGUGGCUUGGCAGGAUGGAAAGAAGGAGCUUGGACUGGAUUCAACUACUUUAAUUCCAAUCGAUACUCCUGGUGAUCAUGAAUUUGUUGCUGAACAGUAUGUGGUAGAGAAGGCUUCUGAUGACAGUGAUGAUGCUUGUGAAGUGAAGCGUGUUGGGGUUGUGAAGAGUGUAAAUGCCAAGGAGCGGACGGCCAUUGUGAGGUGGUUAAAGCCUGUUGCCAGGCCAGAAGAUCCAAGGGAGUUUGAUAAGGAGGAAGUGGUAAGUGUGUAUGAGCUAGAGGGGCAUCCAGAUUAUGACUAUUGCUAUGGGGAUGUGGUAGUUCGACUGUCUCCUAUUCCUAUUUCUGCACAGUCACUCAGUUCUAAUAAUCCUGUUGAAGAUGCAAAACAACAGUUUAGUCCAAAUGAAGCCAAACAUGAUCCAAGAAAGCACUCAGCAUCUGUUAAGGAAGAUGACGUGUCCAAAGAUGAAACUUAUGCAGAGUUCUCAGAUCUUUCUUGGGUUGGUAAUAUAACAGGUCUUAAAGAUGGUGAUAUUGAAGUCACAUGGGCUGAUGGGAUGGUUUCAAUGGUUGGGCCUCAAGCAGUUUAUGUGGUUGACCGGGAUGAUGAUGAUGGAUCGGUUGGGGCUGGUGGCGAAGCUAGUGAUGACGCUGCUAGUUGGGAAACUGUUGAUGAAAAUGAAAUGGAAGUUGCUGAGAAUGCUGAAGAGGAGUCAGGACAACUAAAAGGCAUUGAUAACAAUCCUGAAGAAGAAGAAGAAGAAGAAGAAGAAGAAGAAGAAGAAGAAGAAGAAGAAGAAGAGAGCAUAGAAAUUCAUUCAGAAGAGAAUAGUUCUGGACGAAAUGGCCCAUUCUCUAUACCCCUAGCUGCCCUUGGAUUUGUUACCAGAUUUGCUACUGGCCUUUUCUCACGAGGGAGGAAACAGAUAGAUCCACCACAUCCAGAUUAUGGAGGUGAAAGCGAACCUGAAUCAGAGAAAAUAGUUGAUGAUUCUAAGAGAAAAACAGCUAGUUGUGAUUCAAGUUUACAGGAAUCCAAUGCAACUGAUGGUUAUGAUCCACAAACUACUCAUGAGAAUGCAGUGGAAUAUGGUGCUGUGGUUGAGGGUACAGAUGUGGCAGAAACAUUAUCUAACUUGAGGCAUGAAGACUCAGAUGAUACUUGCAGCUUUAAACGUUUUGAUAUUACUAAAGAUCCUUUGGAUCAUUAUUUUAUUGGUGCAAGUGGGCAGAAUAGCAAUGGAAGGAAAUGGCUGAAGAAGGUUCAGCAAGAUUGGAGCAUCCUUCAGAAAAACCUUCCUGAUGGAAUAUAUGCGAGAGUUUAUGAAGAUAGAAUGGAUCUAUUAAGGGCAGUGAUGGUUGGAGCAUAUGGAACACCUUACCAAGAUGGCCUCUUCGUCUUUGAUUUUCACCUUCCACCAGAGUAUCCUCAACUCCCACCGUCAGCAUACUAUCAUUCUGGUGGUUGGCGGGUAAACCCAAACCUAUAUGAGGAUGGCAAGGUUUGCCUUAGCCUAUUAAAUACCUGGGCUGGCAGAGGAAAUGAAGUCUGGGAUCCAUCAUGCUCAAGCAUCCUUCAAGUCCUGGUUUCUCUCCAGGGUUUGGUGCUGAAUUCUAAGCCAUACUUCAAUGAAGCUGGGUAUGAUAAGCAGGUUGGCACUGCUGAAGGGGAGAAAAAUUCAUUAUCAUACAAUGAGAACACAUUUUUGCUAAACUGCAAGACAAUGAUGUACCUUUUGCGAAAGCCUCCCAAGGACUUUGAGGUGCUUGUCAAGGACCAUUUCAGGAGGCGUGGUUAUUACAUUCUUAAAGCAUGUGAUGCAUAUAUGAAAGGCUACUUAAUUGGCUCUCUUACAAAGGAUGCUUCCAUAAGUGAGAAGAGCGACCAGAAUUCAACUUCUGUUGGUUUCAAACUGGUAUUGGCCAAGCUAGUUCCUGAAUUAAUCUUGGCCUUUAAAAAGGUAGGGGCUGACUGUCAUGAAUUCAAGCAUUUGGAACGGUCAUAGCAGAGGUCUCCUCAGAUGUGCUAACCUUCCUGUAUAGGAGGUCAGUGGUUUAGAAUUGUUAUGGAAUUCAAAAAAACACUGUAAAGUUUUCUGUGAUGUAGAAAUGUUCCAUUUAUUGAUCCAUCAUUUAAAAUGUCCUGUUAUAUUGGAAAGUUUUUUUUUUUGAACUACGAGUUCUCUUAAUUUUUUUUAGCAGCUGGAGUUCUUAUGAACGAUGUUGCAGGGGUUCUCCUUUGUGUCAAAUUCUUUUUCUUGUUUGCUCAAAUGGCGGGGAGUUCAGGGGGAAAGUAUGAAGGCUCAUGUUGUAAUCAACAUGUUCAAAUUGAUUUGUCUGAACAACAGAAACUAAUUAAUGACAUGAAGGCUCUUCAUUGA